GGCUGUUACCGGGGAGAAGAUGGUGGAAGCUGCGGCGGCAACGUGCACAAAACUCCGUCCAAAACAUUUCGGGAAAUAUUUACCGUCUCAGCCUGGCAUAAGAUAUCGGUUACCGGGAGACAAACACAGAUAAUACACGCUAAAGAAAAGAUCAGACCCGGCGUUUGUGUGACAGGGAAUGACUGACUGACUGACUGACUCACUCACUCACUCACACAGAUUAGUGGCGUGAAAACGUGGGUGAUGAUGAAGUCACGACCAAGUUGUGAAAUUAACCAGAGUUAGUUAGUGAAUGUAUUCGAUGAUUCGCGAGUAUUCGACUAUCCUGUGGUGAAGUACCGACAGUCAAGUUAACUGUUUUUAUCUGAUCUGACAGCCGCUUUGUUUGAGCGCCGUGUGUGUGUGUGUGUGUGAGAGAGAGAGAGAGAGUGUGUGUGUGUUGAGCAGCUAAAGCAGCAUUAGCUUGUGUUGGAUCAACUGACAGCAUGCCGCGGAGCAAAAAAGGGAAACGUGGAGCCACUUCAAGUAAGGGCUCGCUUCGUCAGGAAGUACUUCUGCUGCAGCUUUCAGCCAAGACGGCACCGUCACGUCCAGGCAAGAACGGAGGAAAAGGAGGGUCCGGUGCUAGCGAUGAUGAUUUGGCAUCUGAUGUGCUCAGUCAUUACAGCAGUGCCAGUGAGAGCGCUUCAGUGCUGGAUGAAGGAACAGGUGAGGUGGUGGAUGAACAGACUGCUCAGGAGGAAACGGAAGACAAACUGAAGCAGUGUAUUGACAACCUGAUGGAAAAAAGUGUGAAGACACGGCUAGCAGCGCUGGAGAGCUUGCGUUUAGCCUUCUCCUCCAGAGUGCUGUAUGACUUCCUGCUGGAGAGACGCCUUACCAUCGGUGACUGCCUGGAACGCAGCCUGAAGAAAGGUGGAGGAGAGGAGCAGGCUGCAGCAGCCACACUGUGUGCACUCCUCUGUAUUCAGCUGGGAGGUGGAAUUGAAGGCGAGGAGGGCUUUAAGGUUUUCCGCCCCCUCCUUAGCUCCAUCCUGACUGACAGCUGUGCCAACCUAUCAGCUCGUCAGAGUUGUGCCCGAGCACUGGGCAUGUGCUGCUAUGUGUCUGCAUCAGACAACGCUGAAGAUUUGUUGAAGUGUAUGGGGCAUUUGGAGAGUGUAUUUGUGGGAGCGUAUCCACUGGCUGAUGGGAGCUUACCAUCUGUUAAAGCUGGAACUCCAGCUCUCCACAGCGCUGCACUUCAGGCCUGGGCUCUGCUCGGCACUCUGUGUCCUGCUUCCCACAUCAACAACAUGGUCAGCCAUCACUUGCCUCGGCUGCAGGCUUGUUUGGAGAGCAGUGAGGUGAACUUCAGGAUCGCUGUAGGAGAAACCAUCGCUCUGCUGUAUGAACUUGCACAAGAAGUUAACGAGGAGUUUGAGUAUGAGACUUGCGACGUGCUGUGCGAGAGUCUGAAGCGUUUGGCAACAGACGGAAAUAAACAUCGGGCCAAAAAUGACCGACGCAAGCAGCGCUCCAUCUUCCGUGAAGUCCUGCAUUACAUUGAGAGUGAGGAGUUCUCUGAGGAGAAGGUCCGUUUUGGGGUCGAGGUGCUCUACCUUGACAGUUGGAUGCGUCGCCGGAUUUACGAUGCCUUUAAAGAGGUGCUGGAGUCUGGGGUGAGCCACCACCUGCAGGUUAACCCACUGCUGAGAGACAUUUUUGGAUUUGGAGCGCCACUCAUUCUGGACCCUUCGGUCAAGGCCACCCGGAUUUCCCGCACAGAAAGGCACCUUUUCAAUUCAGCCGCAUUCAAAGCUCGGACAAAACUACGGAACAAAGUGAGGGACAAACGAGCAGACGUGAUGUGAUGUUGGUGCUGAUGCAGAGAGAGGAACACUAAACACCUCUUUUAUGGGCUCACUUGAAAUGUUAAAACAGCAACUGCCAAACCAGGGACUUGACAAUGCAAAGUGUGUGUGUGUUCAGGAAGUAUGUGUGUGUGUGUGUGUGUGUGUGUGUGUGUGUGUGUGUGUGUGUGUGUGUGAAUGUAGUGCCUCAGUUUUAUUUAACAUUAUUGAAUAUAAAUAAUAGGAAGCCUAAAAUUAACCAUGCAACCCAUAGCAUUUUCCCAUGUUGAAGUGCACUGACAGUUCAGGACAUGUCUUCGUAGACACCAUGUGAUCACUGGGAAGCAAGAAAUGCUAAGGAAAAUGCUAUGUAUUGCUUCUUUAAACAUCUUAAUAUUGUAUAUUUGUAAUGACUUUUUGCAAAGCUGUAUUGAACAUUUCUGUUAAAAUGUAUUUUACUUCCUAAUUUAUUGAUAAUUUUGGGAAAACAAAAGACUUUUUAACAUUUGAAACAAAUGAGCUGUGUUUAUAGGUGGAAGAUGGCCGAGGAAAUGAAACUCUUUCUAGCUUUUGUACGUAUAUUUUAAAAACUGGCUGCACAUCUCUGAUACAUAUGAAAAUGUGCUAAGAAUUGUAUAAAGGUCUCCUCACACUGCUAACAAAUUAUCUUUUUCUCACCCCGGUUCUCAUUAUUAGUUUAGUGUGAGUUGAUAAAGUCGGCUGGAUCCAGUCUGAACAUCGAGUUCUGUUGUUUACCGGGAGAAAUUUUAAGAUGUAGUGUUGAGUAGUACAUUUAAAGACUUUUGUGUUCACAGUUUGAGGAAAAUUCCUCUUUUAUUCGAGCUGAUACAUUAACAGACUGGACAGGAGAGAGCCAUUUUCCUGCUACAGCUGCUAACAUCACCUUCAUGUAUUGUUGAAAGUUUUACAGUUAGAAAUAGGAGGCCAAAAAUGUAUUUUCUUAAGGAUGAAGGGAUAAUUAUACAUAUUUUUGCAAUUAACAGUUUUAUAUUUACCCUAUAGUGGACUAAAUUAGAGGCCAGAAUUUUGAAUUAUUCAUUUAAAUUGUUAAAAAUGAGAUUGUAAAGGCUUCUGCACCCAAAGGUUGAGCCUACUCCAGUAAUUCAUGAAUUUCAGUAAUAAAAAAAAAUGACUAAA